GCAAAUUAUCCUCUGGAAAGCUUCCUCGCGCGGCGAGUCUGGAUCCAGCCGAUGGCCCGCCAACAAAAGUCCUCUGUUUCAUCCCCAGCAGCAUACAAUAGCACUGUGUAUAACAGGAGCCCUGAGAGUGUAGAAAUCCUCCCACACACACUAACACACAAUCGCUUUAUUUUCUGAUUUCCACGCACUCCUUAUGCUGCAACCUCCAGCCGAAUGCUGAAUCCAACUUCAAUCUUAUUACCUUCAAAAUGCAGGGACCAGGUGGGCGCGGCAGCAGCCCGACACAGGCCAACUUACCGAAUGUAGAAAACGACUUGGCGAAUGCGCCAUAUGAGAAGCAACACAGCGCCCUGCUGCGUAAAGGCAGCAGCAUUAAGAAGAUGUACACUCGCUGGGAAAGCAGGGGUAAAUGGUGGGCAGAGCGAGACGAGGCAGGGGCGUUUGACGAUGGUGUCCAAGAGAAGAGCCAGAGCUCUCUCGGCCAGCGCCUGCAGCUAGCCCGGGAUCGAUUGGUGCACUGGUUUCGAACACUGGGGACCGUGUCUCGCAAGCAUCCCUCAACUCUGUUGCUGCCGUUGCUGUUGCUGGCCGCAUGCCUGGCGGGCGGUAUUGCGGGGGUGGAACUGGCGGCGAACAAGGCGGCACAGCAGGCGCAGGAUGUUGCGAGGGCCGCGGCGGAGCAAACGGCGGUCUCCCUUGAGAUGCUGUUAGGCGGCCAGGUGCUACAGCCGGCUGCAACCCUGGCGGCGCUGGUGGAAGAGCGACCGCGCGCAGCAGACCUGACAGCGCUACUGCCGCCAGGCUUCGCUGCGGCAACCGGCGGUGGCGGCGGCGUCACAGGGCUGCUGCUUGCGCCCUUUGGUGUGGCGAUGGCGUCCGGAAGUGCCAUGGACGGCAGUAGUAGCAGCAGUAAUAGCAGCAGUGGCAGUAGCACUUCUGUGGAUCUGUCACAGACGCCUCUUCGUGCGGGCGUGCUAGCGGCGGUGCGAUGGCAGGCGCCAGCGCUGGCAGUCGUGCGGAGUGGAAACAGCGUCGCGCGGCAGCAGCAGCAGCAGCAGCAGCAGCCGGCAGACGCAGAGCUACUGCGGCUGCUGGCGCUACAGCCUGUGUUUGUGUCGGGGGUGGAGAGGAGCGAGGACUGGGGGCAGCUCCGGGGUGUGCAGGCGGGCGCCCCUGCUACAGCCACCGCCGGCGGCGCCACCAGCCCCGCCUCCUCUGAUGCUACUGCUGCGCCAUCACUGGCAGACCUGCACAGUGUCGAGUGCGGGGGCGCGUGUUACCUGGACAGCACUCGCUCGAAGCUCUGGGGCUUCACGGGCGCCGCGGUGCCGCUGGCGGCGGCGCUGGCGGCGCCGGACUCGGGGCUCGCCGCACUGGCAUCCCUGGGGUACCGCUACAGGUUGUCCAUGCGAGUGUCGCCUGCCGUGCUGCUUGAAGCCACCAGCACCAACACCAACGGCACCGGCAGCACCGGCGGAGGCAGCGGCACGAGCGUGAUGCUGUUCAGGAUUGCGACCGGCGGUGCAGACGCAGGCGCCUCCUCCGCGCAGGCAGACCUGGUGACGGCGGCGCAGAGCGCGGCCGCGCCCUCGGGCCAGCGGGUGGUGUCGGUGCCGGUGCAUCUCUCGCCUUCCGCGGCCACGGGGUAUGCGCCGGCACUGAUGCAGACUGCGGCGCAGGAGCAGCAGGCACAGCAGGCACAGGCGGCAACAACUUACGGAGAGCUCCAGGUUGCGAGUGACACCGGAAGCUGGCGUCCGGAUUGGGAGGGGCCGCUGAUUGCGGUGGUGGUGUGCGUGUCUGCCGCUCUGGCCUGGCUGCUCCUGGUGGCACUGCUGGCGUACCGCCGCCACACCGCGCUGCUACAGGCCAUGCUACCUGAGGACGUGUUGGCGCUGCUGGCAUCGGGCCAGCGCUACUACCAACACCUGGAUAACGUAACCGUGCUGUACGCGGACGUCGUGCGAUACAUGGCGGUUGGAUCCGACAACCACCAGCACAAGUCGCCGGACCUGAAAUCCGCCCAAAAUGGUGGCGGGAUCGAGGACGGCGGCGAGGGCGGCGGCGGCGGCGGCGGCGGCGGCGGCGGCGGCGGCGGCGGCGGCGGCCCGGGGGCAGGUGGCGCCGACCGGACCAGUAGAGCCACGGGUCUGCCCACACGUGAUGUGGUCAAGCUGCUCAAUGCCGUACACUCUAUGUACGACGGCAUCAUGGCCAAGUACGGCCUGGUUAAGAUCCAACGAAGCGGCGAGUCGUUCCUAGCCGUGGGCGGCUGCACGCCCGCCCCGGGAGCCGCGCGAAGUCGCGCCCUGCCUGGCGCACCGCCCCCUGCUGCUACCGGCAAGGGCGCCGCCCCCGCCGCGACCCCUACGGCCGCCGGCAACCCUGCCAUCACAGGCGCCGCGCCGCCCGCGGCACCCGAGACGGCGGGCUCUCCCGGCGCCGCUGCUGCCAGCAUCAGGGGCAGCGGCGGUGAGGAGGACCCAGUGGCUGUGGCGGUGCGGGUGGCGAGUGCGGCGCGGGACAUGGUCCUGGCCGCGGCGCGGUUCCGCGGCAGCGGCGGCUUCCGAGUGCAGCUGCGCGUGGGGCUGCACUCGGGCCCCGCGGUGGCGGCUGUGGUGGGCACCAGGCUGCCUCGCUUCUCCCUUUUCGGUGACGUCGUGGAUGUGGCGUACUACAUGGAGGCCACGGGCUCGGCCAUGGCCGUACACGUGUCCCAGACCACCAUGCAGCUGCUCACGCUGGCAGGCAACCCACUGCUGCAGCUGCAGCCACGCGGCCCGCUGGACAUGGGCGCCGCACCCGGAGAGAUGGGUGCCAUGUCGACCGCCUGGCUGCGCCUCGAGGCGCUGCCGGAUCCCACCAUUGAGGCCGAGGCCGAGGCCCGGGCCCGCGCCGCCGCCGGCCUGCCGUACACCUCGUACAGCGCAGCCGCCGCCGCCGGCCGCCGUGGCGGCGCCGCCACCGGCACUGCACGUGUAAGCACCGCAGGCUCUGAGAGGAGCGGCGGCGGCGGCGUGCGGUCGUGGCGGCCGCGCCUGAGCCUGCACCUGAACUCGUCGUCGGCUCUGCAACUGGGGGCCGCGGCUGCGGGCGCGUCGCCCUCAAAGCCAUUCAAGACCGGCGGCGGUGGCGGCGGCGGCAAGCGUGGAGCGGGCGGUCGCGGCGGAAGCGGUGGUGGUGCCAUCGACAGCGCGCACACCAGCCCGUUACCAAAGGGCAGGGGUGGAGAGGUGGCGGACGCGCCGCCUUCUUACUCUUCGGCGGCGGGGGCGGCGGCGCGGCCGCCGCCGCCGCUGUUACCCGGAGACUCUGACUACUCCAUCGCAACGCUGCCGUCGCAGCAGGGAGGUGGUGCCUCAGGCUACGACGACGACAUUGGGGGCUGCAGCGGGCUGAUGGGCGGAUUGGAGACUGUUGCGGAGGCAGGGCGGGAUUACCAGCAGGGCGAGGGCCUGCCGGCGGGUAAGCAGCCGCAUCAACAGCAGCUGCAGCACCCGGCGUUGGUGCCGCAAGCGGAGCUGGCACAGGCGCCCAACUUGGCCACCACUGUGACGACGGCCAGUGGGUACGGCGGCAGAGACGCGCGGGCUUAGGAUGGAGGGACGCUGGUUGAUCGGUCAGGCCCUGCUUUUUGAUACCACCACAGUAAUGCGACAGAUCGUUUUUACCCUCGCAAUCGCCGGGCUUAUCUUAAUUGCGGUUCCCUCGGUCGGCUGUGCUGCGCUGUGCUGUGCUGAGCUGUUGCGUGCCGACACCAACAGCAGGGUGUCAGCAGGAUCCCAGGGCACUCGGCAGUCUCUGGUUUUGGGCAGCGGGGGGUCCAGCGGGGGGGUCCAGGCACGUUAUUACUGGACGUUUGAGGCGGGGUCCGUGGGGGGUGGGGUGGGGGUAGCUCAUUCCAACCCCGAAGGAACCAAGACCCAGAACCAGUCCACAGAGAACGGGGGAGGUUUGGCCUUAACCUCUUUGGGGUCCAGGUGUUGAGCGGGUGCGGGCAUGGGGGAUGAGGGAGCGUGCGGUGCGCCGGUGCGAUACGCAACAGCCAUGUUGGGUGACGUGUCACGAAGAUGCGGUCAGUGGUCCUGAGAGGGUGUGUGCACGACGCUCUGAGCCCCCAGAUGUGGGGUGUGUAAUGCCACGGACCA